AUGGAUCUGAGAUCAGUACAAGAUCUUAAGGGCGUUCUGAGGAAUGACUUCUUUCACGGUUAUGCGACAGCGGCCGCUCAAAUAGAAGGUGCUUGGGAUAAAGAUGGCAAAGGACAAUCCAUCUGGGAUACAUUCGGACACACGCCAGGCAAGGUGGCCGAUGGGAGCACAGCGGACGACGCCGUCCGGGCAUAUGAUUUCUAUCGUGAAGAUGUCGCCCUCAUGAAGAGCUACGGGGUCAACGCAUACCGCUUCUCCCUAGCAUGGUCACGAAUCAUCCCACUGGGGGGUCGCAACGACCCUGUCAACGAACAAGGCAUCCAGUUCUAUUCCAAUCUCAUUGAUGAGCUUCUUCGCAAUGGAAUCACCCCUUUUGUCACUCUCUUCCAUUGGGAUAUCCCUCAAGCUUUAGAGGACCGAUAUGGAGGCAUGCUUAAUCAAGAGGCAUAUACACCGGACUUUGUCCGCUAUGCUCGCGUCUGCUUUGAGCGCUUCGGUGACCGGGUCAAGCAUUGGAUUACUUACAACGAGCCUGGUGUGUACACUCUUGCUGGGUAUGCAGCUGGUGUGCAUGCACCUGGAAGAUCAUCUUUCCGGGAGCGCAACGCGGAAGGCGAUUCAUCCACCGAGCCCUUUACUGUCGCUCACACUGAGCUUGUGUCGCACGGCCAUGUGUCGCGUCUGUAUCGCGAGGAGUUUCAGCCUCAACAGAAUGGAACCAUUGGAAUCACCCUGCAUGGAAACUGGUCGGAGGCGUGGGACGAAGCAGAUGCGCGGGACCAAGAAGCUGCAGAACGAGCACGCGAGUUUGAGAUCGCCUGGUUCGCGGAUCCUUUGUAUAAGACUGGUGAUUAUCCGGCAUCAAUGCGUGCACAGCUCGGCGAUCGCUUGCCCACGUUCACAGCCGAGGAGUCUCAACUUGUGCUGGGUAGCUCGGAGUUCUAUGGGAUGAACAGCUACACCACCUUUUUCGUGAAGCAUACGACGACACCACCGGAUAUCAACGACCACAAAGGCAAUGUGGAGAUUCAUGAUGAGAACAAGCAGGGCGUAUCUCGUGGCGAGGAGAGCGAUACCCCGUGGCUGCGAGCUGCGCCCGGAGGGUUCCGAAAAUUGUUGAACUGGAUCUAUAAACGAUACCAGAUGCCAAUUUAUGUUACGGAAAACGGAACCACGGCCAAGGGCGAGGUCGCACCCACUCCCGAUGUUCUUGACGACCAAUUUCGUAUCAAAUUCUUCGAGGGAUAUGUUGGUAAUGCCCUGGCACGCGCCGUGAAAGAGGAUGGUGUCGAUGUUCGUUCAUACUUCGCGUGGACAUUCACAGAUAACUGGGAAUGGGCUGCUGGAUAUGCCGACCGCUUCGGUUGCACAUUUAUCGACUUUGAUGCUGCAGAGAAGACGCGUUAUCCCAAACAGUCCGCGUAUUACCUGGAUAAACUAUUCAAGCAUCUGGUUUCAGAUGCCUAA